AUGCUGAAUUCCCUGACCUUAACGAGACUUCUCACAUUGAAUGUAUAUUUAGAUACUGCAGCAUUAGCAGGACCAACAGUAGAGAUCUCUGAUUCAUCUGAUUUCACAAACGACGAAACACUUUCCCUCAUCAUCAAAAAUGGUGCUGUUAAUCUCAGAUUGACUGGCUCAUUGACAAAGAUGGUUCGAUUUCAAGGAUUCGAACUUGUCAAGAACGUCGAUAUUCUUGCCGCAGGAAUCACUGAAAUUCCAGAGAAGUGCUUUUAUCAGAACAACUACAUCGAAACCGUAACUCUCCACGGUGGUGUUACCAAAAUUGCACAGAAUGCAUUUACAUACAGUUCUCUUAGAUCCAUCAAUUUAGAAAACGUUGAGACUAUUGGUCAAUACAGUUUCCAGAAGUGCUACAACCUACAGAGUGUCACCCUCAAGAGUAUCAAGAGUCUUGGUGCAGCACCAUUUUAUUCGAGUGGAAUCGAAACAGCUUCUAUCACUCUCAGUGACGAAUUGACAAUCCCUGCUAGCUGUUUUGAGAAUUGUUUAUCCCUCACAAAGGUUUCGUUCGUUUCUGCACAAGGUUCUCAGAAUCUUAUUCUUGGAGACUACGUUUUCAACAACUGUCCUCAGCUGCAGACUGUAACAUCAACCAAUGUCAAUAUCGGUGUUGGUGACUAUGCUUUUGCCAAUACUGCUUUGACAUCUUUUCCGUUUGAACUUGCAACAUCUAUUGGAAGCUACUCUUUCAUGAACACAAAGAUGGCUACGAUCAAACCAGCAUCUGGAACCAUCUCUUUCGAGUUGUCACAAUUGACUUUCCAGUUUAAUUCUGAACUUCAGACUGUUGAUCUCUCAGGUAUCACAGGAACGUUCACGAAUUCAUAUGGUUUGUUCUAUGGCUGCAGCAGUUUAACAACAGUUACACUUCCUGCCUCUUUGACAAAGUUACCAGAUGCGAUGUUCAAAGAUUGCACAGCUUUAACAAGUGUUACUGCAAGUGGUCUCACUGAGAUAUCAACAGAUGGUUUCAUGAGCUGUUCUGCCUUGACAAAUCUUCAAAUUGGUUCUCAGUUAACAACAGUCGGAUACCGUGGUCUUUAUGACUGCCAAAAGUUGAAUGUUCAAAUACAAAACUGCAUUCUCAAAGAACGUGCUCUCUACAACUGCCAAUCUAUAACAACGAUCAGUGUCAAAGGUCUUGGUAGUUGGUGUUGCAUGAACAUGUCUAACUUAAACACUGUCACAGUUAGCUACUCUCCAACAAGUAUUCCUACAGGAUGUUUCAUGUAUUGCACCAAGUUACAGUCAUUCACUAUCCCUGCAAGUUGCUCUUCAAUUGGAGAUUUAGCCUUCGCUUACACAUAUCUUCCAAUUCAAAUCGACCUUCAGAAUGUUGAAGUUUUAGGCAACUAUUCAUUCAUGAGAUCAAAUGUUAGUGGCGUUUACAUGAGAAAACAGAUUCAAGAAGAAGGAAAACCAGCUUUCUUUGAAUGUCCAAACCUCAAGAACAUUCGUAUUGGCCAACGCAUUUUAAGAUUUUGGAUGGUUCCUUUCACAGGAUGCAACCAUGAAUUCGAAUUCCAAUGCGAUGAUCAAUUUAACUAUUGGGUUCCUUCCCAGAAGAUAUUCUAUUCAGUAUAUAGUGUUGCUUAUGUUGCUCCUGAUGCUGUUAUUCCAUAUAACUUAUGGGCAAUAAUGAUUCUAAAUGGUGCUUUCAUGUGGUACAAGAAACCAUUCGAUAUCGCAACAAAUGUCAAGCAAUAUUACUUUUUGGAUCAUUCAACAGUUACAACACUAUUCUUCUCUGAUGAUGCAAUUGGAUCUCAAUAUUAUGGUGAUAAAUAUUCCAUUGGUGAUUUCAGUUACUGCACAUCAUUAACAAAGGUUCAUCUUGCACCAACAAUCAAAUAUAUUAGCACAGGAUGCUUCUACAUGUGCACUAAUUUAACACAAAUCAACCUUGAAAAUGUUAUUGCUAUCAGCCAUAGUGUAUUUGCAGGCUGUGUUUCCCUUGAAAGCAUUAAUAUAAGCAAAGCUACAGAGGUUCUUUCUGAAGCAUUUAUUAACUGCACAGGACUGAAGAAUGUUGUAUUCCCAAGUACAUUUGAUCUCGGAAGUUUAGUUGGAAUUGGUCAUUUCGGAAACACUGGAUUUGAAGAAUUAUACUUCAACGCUAACAUCCAAAACCUUACUUUAUACAAGGGAAUGUUUGUUAAUUGCAAGAAGUUGACGAAAGUUGUAUUUGGUCCAAAUGUUGUUUCACUUCCAGAUAGUAUGUUCGAGAACUCUUCUCUAUCUGUAGUUGAAUACUCAGACUCUCUCACAUCUAUCGGAAACAUGACAUUCGCAAGAACAAACAUUCAGACAUUCACAAUCAAAGGAAGUUUGACAGACAUUUAUCCAAUAGCAUUCUAUGGAGCAUAUAGUAUCAACAUCGUUGUUUCACCAGAGAACACUAAGUACGAGAUCAUCGAUGGAAAUCACCUUAUCGAGAAGUCAAGUAAGAGUCUUGUCUGUCUUUUCGGUAAGAUUCCUAACACAUUCAAGCUGAGUGAAGAAAUUCGUGUCCUGAAAGAUGCAUCUCUUGCUAGUGCACCAGAAAUUGACAGUAACACAGGAAAAGUCAUCGACUGGGGAAUCACGACAUUGAUCAUCCCAGGAAACAUCAGAGUCGAAGACAAGAUGGAACCUGUCAGAUACACACCUUACUUGCACAACUUGUGCUAUGGAGGAAUCGACCAACCUCCUCUCUUGAACUCAAUGGCACAUCGAUACUUCGUUACAUCUAACUACUCUAAGGACUUCUGGGUUCUUUCGGAAGAAGGCGACAUGGACAACGAGAACUACAUCGGUGUCAUCCGUGCACCAUGUUCUAACUUCACACCAUAUGAUAAAUUUAAUCAGCGUGAAUUCUACAACCUCUAUGACUGUCCAACAGAUGAGAUUAUUGAAGAGGAACCAACUGAGACCCCGACACCUGAAUUGCAGAAAGAUUUACCAACAAAUAAGAAGAUAUCUACUCUCUUACUUAUAUUAAUUAUUGUUGCUGCUGUUGAAACUGUUUUCCUCAUUUCUUCGGAAUCUUCAUCAUUGCAACGAAGAAGAGUGAUGAUUCCGAUGAUGAAGAUAUUGAUAACUCUAAUAUGA